UUCAUGGUUCUAGAUUGUUUUCAUCGUCCCCUGCGCAGUUCCACGGCGCAGAGGAGGCAGUCCGCUGCUAGCAUCUUACACCAUGGAUCUUGCCUGCAAUCCGAGGUCGUGGGGAUUCCGCCUCUUGGAAAGGAAUAUGUUUUUCCCCAUUGUGAUUUUCUUGAUAUCUCAGGUCUGCGAGAUGAACGCAGAGGACAGCGCUAUGGAGGAACUUGCCACUGAAAAGGAGGCUGAGGAAAGUCAUAGACAGGACAGUGUUAAUUUACUGACAUUCAUUUUACUGCUGACAUUAACCAUUCUAACCAUUUGGCUUUUCAAGCACAGAAGAGUCCGUUUUCUGCACGAGACUGGGUUGGCCAUGAUAUAUGGUCUGUUGGUGGGAGUCAUCCUGCGUUACGGCAUCCCUUCCACCAGCUACCAUAACAAGACUCCCCCCAGCUGCUCCCUGAAGGAGGGGCCUGUCAGCACCCUGCUGCUCAAUGUCAGUGGCAAGUUCUUUGAGUACACCCUGAAGGGAGAGAUAAACUCCCGUGAAAUUCACAAUGUGGAGCAGAAUGACAUGCUGCGCAAGGUCACUUUUGAUCCAGAGGUAUUCUUCAAUAUUUUGCUACCUCCAAUUAUUUUCCACGCAGGAUAUAGCCUUAAAAAGAGACAUUUCUUCAGGAAUUUGGGCUCCAUCAUAACAUAUGCAUUCCUUGGGACAGCGAUUUCCUGCUUUGUCAUUGGGAACCUCAUGUACGGCGUGGUGAAACUGAUGCAGGUUGUGGGUCAGCUGGGUGACAAGUUUUACUACACAGACUGCCUCUUCUUUGGAGCCAUCAUCUCUGCAACUGACCCAGUGACAGUGCUGGCCAUCUUCAAUGAGCUCCAUGCUGAUGUGGACCUCUAUGCCCUGCUGUUUGGAGAGAGUGUCAUGAAUGAUGCCGUCGCCAUAGUGCUGUCUUCCUCCAUUGUGGCCUACCAGCCCACCGGAGCGAACACCCACACCUUUGAUGCUGCCGCUUUCUUCAAAUCGGUGGGCAUUUUCCUGGGUAUCUUCAGCGGCUCUUUUGCCAUGGGCGCAGUCACUGGGGUUGUUACAGCCCUAGUGACCAAGUUCACCAAGCUGCACUGCUUCCCCCUGCUGGAGACAGCCCUCUUCUUCCUCAUGUCCUGGAGCACCUUCCUCCUGGCUGAGGCUUGUGGCUUUACAGGUGUGGUGGCAGUGCUGUUUUGUGGAAUCACUCAGGCCCAUUACACCUAUAACAACCUCUCUGAAGAGUCCACCAAGCGCACAAAACAGCUCUUCGAGGUCCUGCAUUUCCUGGCGGAGAACUUCAUCUUCUCCUACAUGGGCCUGGCUCUCUUCACCUUCCAGAACCACAUUUUCAGCCCCAUCUUCAUCGUGGGGGCUUUCAUAGCCAUCUUCAUAGGGAGGGCCUGCAACAUCUAUCCCCUCUCCUUCUUCCUCAACCUGGGGCGCCGGCACAAGAUCAGCGGCAACUUCCAGCACAUGAUGAUGUUCGCAGGUCUGCGUGGGGCCAUGGCGUUUGCUCUAGCGAUCCGGGACACAGCCACCUACGCCCGGCAGAUGAUGUUUACCACCACCCUGCUCAUUGUCUUCUUCACUGUAUGGGUCUUUGGAGGUGGAACCACACCCAUGCUAUCCUGGUUACACAUCAGGGUGGGUGUCGAUCCAGACCAAGACCUCCAGCCCUGUGGAGAUAGCUUCCAGGUGCUCCAAGGGGAUGGAACUCAGCCGGAAGGGAGUAAGACCAAGCAGGAGAGCGCCUGGAUGUUCAGACUGUGGUACACUUUCGAUCACAAUUACUUGAAGCCCAUCCUGACUCACAGUGGCCCACCCCUAACCACCACUCUGCCUGGAUGCUGUGGACCCCUGGCACGCUGCCUAACCAGCCCGCAGGCCUAUGAGAAUCACGAGCAGCUGAAGGAGACCGACUCGGACCUCAUCCUGAACGACGGGGACCUGACGCUCACCUACGGCGACACGGCCAUCACCGCCAACGGGGCGUCGGGCGGGCGCGAGGCGGGGUGGGAGGCGAACGGCCGGAGGGGCGGCAGCGCGUCCGAGGAGGCACUGGAGCGCGAGCUGGACGGCCGAGAUCAGGAGGUGCUCGGCGGCCGUGGGACGCGUUUGGUGUUCCCCGUCGAGGACCAUCCGUGAGCCCCCCCCACCCCCCGCCCCAUUACCAUCCUCUCCACUCACGCCAUGCCUCCUGUCCUGUGCCGCAGAGACUGAUGAGGGAUGGAGAUGAAAUGCAGGUGCAAAAAAGUGGGAGAGGGGUUUUUUGAGACUCUUCUUGUCCCUAGUGAAUUGGACCAUGUCCAUUGCCUGAACUGAGACUUCAUCUGGAAAGCAGAAAAAGCAGCAGCAUUUUGCUCCCAUCGCCUUGGCCCAAGAACCAGAGGCUUCACUGAGGAUGACAUUAUGGCCUGUGAAUGCAGGUGACUCCAUUCAUUUUUUUCUAAUGCUCAUAUAGGACAAAAAAUAUCCAUUGGUGUUGUACUCAAGAGCAGUCAGCCCUUCUAGAAAUCAUGAUUGCUGCACAAUCUGUAUUCCUCUGCUGAGGCAUAAGGAUGGUGUAGAUGAUCUAAAGUUGUAUUAAUCACUCCUUGAGAAGGAGAGGUCAGAACCUGGGCACACAAAAAUGCCUGUAUGCCAGUCUGCCGGUCAUUGUUAUCGCCAGAUUGCCAUGACGGUAAAAGACUGAACACCUGAGCAAGGUCUGAAGGCUGCCUGACCCCUGCAUGACUGUCAGCCACUUGCUCUCCAUUCUCUGGCCAGAAAAUCCCUGUAAGUGUGAAACAGGGGGCCAACAAAUUACAUAUCAAGCCUUACUCUUCUUCAAGGACUGUCAUUUCUGUCAAAAUAAAAUUGAUGGAUACACUUUUUUUUCCAUUUAUAAAUUUGUAGUCCCCAUUGUGACAUUUCGUCAAAUUUUCACUUCUUUUCUGGAUUCCAGCCAUCAAGAAACUUGCAGCAGGCCAUGUAUUCUUCCUGUCAUCACUGACUUAGGUUUAGCGUGUGUAAAGGGACAGUGAAGUGAUAAUGCUCUAUUGUCUUAUCUGUAUAGGAUGGAUGAGGAGCGCUGUGAUGGCCGUGGUAGACUGUCACGGUGUGUGAUGGAUGAGAACAGAGAAACACAAUGCCUGGUGCAGCUCCACUGACAUACACUUGCCCAUUCAACAUGCUACUUUUGCUAAAAGGGGCAUUUUUUUCCCAAUAUGUUAGGUGACUGAUUGUUCCAUUUAGAUGUGCAUUAGGCUCUAUUUUACAGCUGCUAUAAUUGCUAACUGUGAAGUGUUGCAGGUCUCUCUUUGUGUGGAGGAUAUUGACGAAAUACUCCUGUGACCAAAGGAAAACAUUAGUUUACCGCUGUAUAGACACCACCUCUCUUUCAGUAUAGAAAUAUAUCUACUGUCCCUGAGUUUCUUACAAGCCCCUUUUCUAGUAAUGUGAUGCACAUCUGUGUUGCUGUGUGCAGCUGUUCUCUGCAGACGAUGAUAUCCCGAGCACUUCCCUGAGCUGAGCCAGGCCCAGGCCUCAGUGCACUGGGGUGCCAAACCCAUCUGCUCCUAACGCGAUGCUUACUAAUCGUUCGCCGCCCUGACUGAUGAAUUAAUCCCAUUGUUUACAGUGCACCCUGACAGCUUGCUAGGAGAAGGCGCAGCGUGCUGCGCUGUCUCUGUCAGCAUUUUGUAUGGGUCCGUGUGCUCCAUAGAAUCCACAGAAUGUUCUCUCUGAAUAUUCAUGAGUUCUAUAGGAGAUCGAGCCAUGGAAAUGGAGGAAUGGAGGGGUAUAGGUUGAGACAAUACUGUGAUUGUAUUUGAUUUGGAAUCUUUGACGAAACAGGAGAACUUCACAAAAGCGUUAAGUCUUGUUGCGAGGAAAUUUUGAUUGGAAUUUGUGUGGUUAUGCAAUCCGCCUAGCAGAGAUCCUUGUAGGAUUGGAUUUCACAAACCACGGAGAAAUUGCUUGAACAAAAAGCGGUGCGUUGUACUCUGAAUUCCACACCUAACGGGACAACAGGACUUUGUAAGGAGCUGUGUGAGGAGUCUCUGGAGCUCAGAAUGCAUUCCCGAGCCAUUCACAUCUGAAUUAUUCAUAAGCAUGUCUCAAAGAAAUAUCUGUAAUUGCCUGUUAGCCCUUCCUGAAGAUGCAGCCAGUGCAGUUAACUGUAUACUACACACCUUCAGGAUCUCAGUAAAAGCACCAACACCUACUCUAUAUUCUGUUUGUCUGUCUGUUUGCCUCAGGACAGCUUUUCAUCUCAUUCACUUCUAAUGUUUGAAGUCUAAAGUAUCAACAUAUGCUUGAAAGACAGGAUUGCUGAAUGUGUCCAUUUCCUUAUUUUAAGAGGCUAGUAAGGGUUCUUUGCUGAAAAGACACUCAGUGGACUCAAUAAGGCAUUCAGUAUCAAGUAUUUGGAUCACACUGAACAAAAUCACUUGCUUGGAAAGCAGACUGGAUAUUUUAAAUCUUCAGUCCUCCAGGCACCUUGGAGGGCUUUUUGAGCAGCUGAACCCGGGGAAAGUCUUUCAGUUGGAUGUGCCAAGCGUUUAUAAGUCAGCCUUGUUGGGGCCAUUGACGUAGUGUGUACUUGGUAUGUCAACAUAACUUUCUGAGGGGCUUAUCUAGUAAUAUUUAUUGAGUUGUUCCAGGGAACUCUGAAAAUAAUUCUAAUAUGCCACUGACAUACAAAUGAAAAAUAACACUAAUAGACUGAAGUGUUGAUAGAUUUCAUUGAGCCUUUCCCAGUCAAGCAGAGUACUUAUGUAACCUGAGGUGGAAUUAUAACCAGGAUAAAAAUGUGUAUUGUAUACCUUAUGGGACAUGAGGCUGCUACCUAUACCAAAACCCUGAGAAAUGCAGCUUUUAAUGGCCUGAGGUGGAUGCAAACUAUGAGUUGGGAGUUUUUUUUUAAACUCAAGACUGGAGGAAAGUGCAGGACUGUGCAAUACUUGUAUGUUACUGGUUGCCUUUAGGCUCUGCAUACCCUUCAGCUGGACUGUGCAAUAUCUGUGCAGAAUGCCUGCUGGCAUUCCUGCUCUUAGCGACCAAUCACCAGGAUUACCCCUAUUAAUGCUGUGUGUCCUGGACAGCUUCUCCCCUCUGUAAAUACUGCCAAUGUAAACCCACCCUCUGCUGUAAGACC